AUGUCCCGCCGCAAACAGGGCAAUCCGCAGCACUUGUCCCAGAGGGAGCUCAUCACCCCAGAGGCUGACCACGUGGAGGCCACCAUCCUCGACGAAGACGAGGGUCUGGAGGUAGAGGAACCCAGUGGCCUGGGGCUGAUAGUGGGUGGCCCCGACCCUGACCUGCUCACCUGUGGACAGUGUCAGAUGAACUUCCCCCUGGGGGACAUCCUGGUUUUCAUAGAGCACAAGAGGAAACAGUGUGGCGGCCUGAGUGCCUGCUAUGAUAAGGGCUUGGAUAAGGGCAGCCCGCCGCCCACCGCCCGCUCCGAGCUCAGGAAAGUGUCCGAGCCGGUGGAAAUCGGGAUCCAGGUCACUCCUGACGAAGACGACCACCUGCUCUCGCCCACGAAAGGCAUCUGCCCCAAGCAGGAGAACAUCGCAGGGCCGUGCAGGCCUGCCCAGCUGCCAGCGAUGGCCCCCAUCGCUGCCUCCUCCCACCCUCACACAUCCGUGAUCACGCCGCCUCUGCGCGCGCUGGGCGCCCUCCCGCCCUGCCUUUCCCUGCCGUGCUGCGGCACGCGCCCGCUCUCGGGCGACAGCGCUCAGGGUGAGGGUCAGACGGAGGCCCCGGCCCCCUUUGGAUGCCAGUGUCAGUUGUCAGGUAAAGACGAGCCUUCCAGCUACAUCUGCACAACAUGCAAGCAGCCCUUCACCAGCGCUUGGUUCCUGCUGCAACACGCCCAGAACACGCAUGGCUUCCGCAUCUACCUGGAGCCGGGCCCGGCCAGCAGCUCGCUCACGCCGCGCCUCACCAUCCCGCCGCCGCUCGGGCCCGAGGCCGUGGCCCAGUCGCCACUCAUGAAUUUCCUGGGCGACAGCAACCCCUUCAACCUGCUGCGCAUGACGGGCCCCCUGCUGCGCGAGCACCCGGGCUUCGGCGAGGGCCGCCUGCCCGGCACGCCGCCCCUCUUCAGCCCGCCGCCGCGCCACCACCUGGACCCACACCGCCUCAGUGCCGAGGAGAUGGGGCUCGUCGCCCAGCACCCCAGUGCCUUUGACCGAGUCAUGCGCCUCAACCCCAUGGCCAUCGACUCGCCCGCCAUGGACUUCUCGCGGAGGCUGCGCGAGCUGGCGGGCAACAGCGCCACCCCGCCGCCCGUGUCGCCGGGCCGCGGCAACCCUAUGCACCGGCUCCUGAACCCCUUCCAGCCCAGCCCCAAGUCCCCGUUCCUGAGCACGCCGCCGCUGCCGCCCAUGCCCCCUGGCGGCACGCCGCCGCCGCAGCAGCCCGCCAAGAGCAAGUCGUGCGAGUUCUGCGGCAAGACCUUCAAGUUCCAGAGCAAUCUCAUCGUGCACCGGCGCAGCCACACGGGCGAGAAGCCCUACAAGUGCCAGCUGUGCGACCACGCCUGCUCGCAGGCCAGCAAGCUCAAGCGCCACAUGAAGACCCACAUGCACAAGGCCGGCUCGCUGGCCGGCCGCUCCGACGACGGGCUCUCGGCCGCCAGCUCCCCGGAGCCCGGCACCAGCGAGCUGGCCGCCGAGGGCCUCAAGGCGGCCGACGGCGACUUCCGCCACGAGAGCGACCCGUCGCUGGGCCACGAGCCCGAGGAGGAGGAGGAGGAGGAAGAGGAGGAGGAGGAGGAGCUGCUGCUGGAGAACGAGAGCCGGCCGGACUCGAGCUUCAGCAUGGACUCGGAGCUGAGCCGCAGCCGCGAGAACGGCGGCGGCGUGGGCGCGGGCGCGGGCGCCGCCAAGAUGGCCGACGACAAGGCGCUGGCGCUCGGCAAGGUCAUGGAGAACGUGGGCCUGGGCGCGCUGCCGCCGCAGUACGGCGAGCUGCUGGCCGACAACCCCGGGCGGCCCAGCUCCAAGGAGGGCCGGCGCAGCGACACGUGCGAGUACUGCGGCAAGGUGUUCAAGAACUGCAGCAACCUCACGGUGCACCGGCGGAGCCACACCGGCGAGCGGCCUUACAAGUGCGAGCUGUGCAACUACGCCUGCGCGCAGAGCAGCAAGCUCACGCGCCACAUGAAGACGCACGGGCAGAUCGGCAAGGAGGUGUACCGCUGCGACAUCUGCCAGAUGCCCUUCAGCGUCUACAGCACCCUGGAGAAACACAUGAAAAAGUGGCACGGCGAGCACUUGCUGACUAACGACGUCAAAAUCGAGCAGGCCGAGCGCAGCUAA